AUGGUUAUAAUUCCACUUGACUGGGCCUUGUACCAGACAUACCUUGCCGGUGAAUUGGUGCAUGAGAUUUUCAUGGCUACAAUUCUUCACCAACUGGUAAGGGAUAUGGACCUUGGACUCUUGGAUAUCAAUGCUUGCAUUGCUUUGGAGCAGCUCACCAAUGUGAUGGCUACUGCUUACUCUAACGCUGCUCAUCUUAAAAUUGACAUGGUUAGAUACAAUGACGCCCUGGACAAAGAUGAAUCCAGCCGAAGUGAGACACGAGAGGAGAAUCUUUUCAACAGAUUCCCCCCUGAAGAGGAGCAUUUCUUGAUAACCCCAUCCAUUGUCAUUGAUUCUGGCAGUAGAAUCAUUGUCUGGUAUUUGCCUGGAGCACUGACCACUAUGAUAAUGGUCUGUUUUACCAUCUCCAUGUAA